AUGAGUGAUAUCGAAGACCCGGUCACUACUAGCCCGCCUCCUGCAUAUAACAUGAGCAUCAAGGGUCACGGUUCUAGGGCAAAAAGGAAAUCGCGCUUGCCUGUUGAUCAAGUGCCAACAUCAAGAAAAACUCGAUCUGCUACAAAGCUCGAUCAAGAUACCUCUGACAGGGUUCUGAAGGAUACGGACAAGAAGUCGGUCAGAAAGGAAAAGGGGUUUUCAGAACGGCAAACCAUGGCGUUACUGAAUACUGCAUCAACCAACGGCUCUUCUACCGGUUCCUCGCCAUCGCCCAGAAGAAGCCAACGGCUCAAGGAGAAAGCUGCGGCCUCGAAAAGGAAGGUGUGCUCUCUAUGCAACAGCGCUCGCUUCGCUAACAACCAGUUUUGCAAUUCCACCUCAAUCCAUAAAAUCUUUGUAGAUGCCGAAGAAAGCUCGCUAAUGCACAAGCGCUCUCUAUGCAACAUCGCUCGCUUCGCUAACAAUUCAAGUUUCGCAGUUAUAAACAAUGCUCUCAAAGCCUUCCAAAUGCGGAAGAAUGCUCUCGCGGAAAAAAAAGUGGGGUAUCAUGAACAAAGCCGUGUCAUCUGCGCCAUGCUUUCCGAAAUUCCCACACAUCCAAUGCAUACACUUGCUAGAUUCAUGGCUCUCUCGCAGGGUGUCCAUCCAGACUGCUGUUCCGGCUCCGUGGCAUCGGCCGCCCUCAUGGAGUCCGAUGCGCAGGUAUCGACGCAGACGAUUUGCUCCGCUUGUGGUUCUUCGCAGAGGGGAUCCCGUCGAGGCCAGCAGCCGCAUCUUCGCUACCUGAACGGUCCGGCGCCAGUGGACCCGGUGUCACCGAUCCAUCGUUCUCACCGCCUUCUGCCGAAGUCUGGCUGUCACGGCGACGCUUGA